UAUGGAAUACAAGUAAUUAAAAUUAAACGGUCCAAACUAUUUAUGAAAUUUCAGGUGUAUCAUUAACCAAAAAUUAAGCUUAUUCUAUCAUCCAACUAUUAUAUUGGUGGACAUUUAUUGGACGGUUAAGAAUUAAAAAUAUCCAAGGGCCCUGUUUCAACAAAUAAGUGUCCAAGAAUCUGUCGCCAGGAUUGUUCAAACUCGACUGUGACCUAGUGUUACUGAUUUCUAUGAUGUAGAUAGUUUGAUUUGAGUUAAUGCAUGCUCAGUGUACAGUUUCUGAGUGCUGAGUGCAUGCGUAUCAAGCGUCGUAUGCAACCGGAGCAUAAAAUAAAACUCCCCUGUAUAAAUUCCUCUAUUCAUUUUCUCACUCUCUCAAACUUUCGCGCCCAAAAGAUGAAGUCUUCUAGUGUCCAAACACCUCAGAAAGCUGCGAUCCGGCGAUCGAAGGAGAAAUCCCACAAGAUCAUCACAAAAUCCCUAAAUCCAGCUUUCUUAGCUGCAUCUGAAGCCGAUUCGAUCGAUACUUCGUUCAUCUCAGCAAUCACAGAAGGAAAUCAAGAAACCGAUCUCUCUAAAAGCGGUCCAAAACCCUCAUUUUCAUCUCCGUCGGACGCGUUUGACCUCACCGAUGCGUUAGAAUCCUUCCCUACAUCGUCGAUUACUGACGAUAAUCAAGGAUCUGGCAGAUAAGAGGUUUUCAAGACGGAGAAUGUGGACAUUCAGGUGGAUAUCGAUUUACUGCUCGCUGCUCGUUUUCAGGUCCUGAAUUCUCCCAAUGUUGAUCUCCGAUCAAAGAAGCCUCUGGAUUGCCUGAUCAAGAGCGCAAUCGAGCCGUUGGAUCAGCUGCCAGAAGAGCAGGACAGGUUUUACGGGCUUCUCCAAGUGAAGGUAUGGAUUGGAUUACUCUGUGUUUUCAUGUGGAUCGUUUCAGUGUCAGUUGUCAUGGAUCGAGAUGCCCAAACUGGGACGGGAUUUCCUAGCAUGCCGCCUCCUACAUGACGGUUUCUAGGGACGGCACGUGCGUUGGAUGUUAGACAGAUGCCGAAAUGAGAUGACUCAGCGG